AUGAAGUUAGCAGUUCUAAUAUUAAUUGCUUUUGGUGGCUUUGCUUUAACUUUUGCCCAAUUAUAUACGCAAAUUGGUCCUCCAGGACCACCCGGUCCACCAGGUCCUACUGGUGUACCUGGCCCUAAAGGAGAAUUGGGUGAUCGUGGCGCUGAGGGUAGACCAGGUAAUCCUGGUGCCCGAGGUCCUACUGGUAGGCGUGGUAAAUCCGGGCAAGCUGGUCUCGUUGGUCCCCCAGGCACCCCUGGCUUGAGAGGUCCUCGUGGUUAUGAUGGAGAACGUGGGCCAGAGGGACCUGCAGGUCCCUUGGGUCCCAUAGGACCUCCUGGUCCUGCGGCCCCACCAGCAGCUGCUCCUGCUCCAGCUCCUGCACCAGCUCCCCCUGCUGCUGAUACAGGUACUGGUACAGCUGGUGAUGCUCCUGGUACCGGCGAUGGAACUAGAAGACGCAAUCGUUUCCGCGUUCGUGGUGCUGGUGGUUUUGCUUAUAACCGUCGACAAGUGUUUGAAUUGUAA